GAACUGUGCCCGUGCUGUAAACCCCUGAUCUUCUGAUGGCUAUAUAAGCAGCUAAUCGUCUUCAGUAAUAACUAUUAGGCAAUCAUCAAAACCUUAAACACAAUGAAGACUGCAGCAGUUAUUGUUUUUCUAGUCUGUCUGCUUGCUACAGAAGUACAAGGGCAGAACCAGAUUCACAAAGGCAGAUGCUUCUGUGCUGACAAAGGAGUGGAUGUGGUUUUACAGAGGAACAUUGAGAAGUUUGAAAUCAUCCCUCCAAGUCCAUCUUGUGGAAAACGGGAGAUUAUUGUCACUUUGAAGAGUGCAGAGCGGAAAUGCUUGAAUCCAGAGUCUAACUUCACCCAGAAUUUAAUCAGGAGGGUUCUUGAAAAGAUGACCCAGCAGUAGGAUAUGCUCAGUGUGAAUCUGGAUUAGCUGCUGUGUUACGCCACUGAAGAACAUCCUGAUAUCCAUCAAACGCUGUAUGACCUCUAGCUGACAGUUAUCACGUUUGACUAGAGAACAUCUGUAUAAACUGUUUAGUAGUGUAAAUAAUUGCUUGUUAAUUUAUGCAACUGACUGUGUAGUAAUUACAAAUUUUAUUCUUUCUUUUAAAAUAUUUUUCUUGUUUUAUGUUAAUCUUUUGUGCAGGGUUGUUACAAUCCAUUAAUGGUGUUGAAUUAUUUUAUUGUCCAUCUGUGUUCACUCUGUUAUCAAAUAAAUUUGUAUCCCUUAAA